GAAGUGCUGUCGUUGAAUGUUCCGAGUGAACAUCGACAUCAACUUGACCGUUAGCAUUAGCAGCGGUCAAAAGAGCGUGGAAUUGCAAAUGAUGUUGUUAUUGAGCCUUUGGUCGCAGAAGGGGCUCCGGGCAUCCUGUUCGACGAGUUUGGCGUCGCUGUCGCCGGGGAGGAGGAGAAAGAAAAAUUGGACCGACGGACGGCGGCUGUCACAAACCGCAACAGGUGAUGACCGCCGCCGGCCACUGGAGGGCGUCAGAGUAUUGGACCUGACCCGCAUCCUGGCCGGCCCCUUCGCCACCAUGCUGCUAGGAGACCUUGGAGCCGAAGUCAUCAAAGUGGAGAAACCAGGUGCAGGUGAUGACACCCGAGCGUGGGGUCCUCCCUUUGUGGGCUCGGAGAGCGUCUACUUCCUCAGCGUCAACCGCAACAAAAAAAGCAUCGCUGUCGACUUCAAACAUCCUCGUGGCGCACAAGUCAUCCACGAGUUGUCCGGCGUGUGUGACGUGCUGAUGGAGAACUUCCUGCCGGGCAAACUGUCUGCGAUGGGUUUGGGAUACGACGAGCUCAGCGGACGAAACCCGGCGCUCAUCUACUGCUCCAUUUCAGGUUACGGGCAAUCGGGUCCUCACAAUCAAAGGCCUGGUUACGACUCCAUCGCCUCAGCUGUGUCCGGCAUGAUGCACAUCACCGGGUCAGAGGACGGCGAUCCGGUCCGACCGGGCGUGGCCAUGACGGACCUGGCGACCGGUCUGUAUGCGCACGGCGCCGUCCUGGCCGCCCUGCUGCAGCGCCAUCGCACGGGGAGGGGCGCGCACGUCGACUGUGACCUGCUGUCCUCUCAGGUGUCGUGCCUCAGCCACAUUGCUGCCAACUUCCUGAACGGCGGGAAGGAGGCCAGGCGCUGGGGGACGGCCCACGAAAGUAUCGUCCCCUACCAGGGCUUCAAAACCAAAGACGGUCACGUGGUGGUCGCGGCCGGAAACGACCAACAGUUUGUCAAAGUGUGUCGGGUUCUGCGGCUCCCGGAACUCAUCCAGCAGCCUCAGUACUCGACCAACAAGCUCCGAGUCCAAAACCGUCAACGGCUGGUGCGCGCACUGGCGCAGAGGUUUCUGCAAGAGACCACGGCCGAUUGGCUGAGGCGAUUCGAAGGCUCGGGCGUUCCCGUCGGACCGAUCAACAGCAUCCGGGAAGUCUUCUCUGAGCCACAGGUGAAGCACAACGGACUCAUGCAGGAGAUGAAACAUCCCACCGCAGGAAACAUCACCGUGCCUGGUCCAGCGGUUCGCUACAGCAGCUUCUCCCACAACAACCCGACACCCCCUCCUGUGAUUGGCCAGCACACGGUUCAGGUGCUGCGGGACGUCUUGGCCUACAGUGAUGAGAUCGUCGGGGAGUUGCUGGAGUCGGGAGUCGUAGCCCAGAACCGAGUGUGUUGAAUGGUUGCUAGUGACGGACGGAAUAAAGAAAUCUGCACUUUUUCGUUCUUA